AUGGAUGGGAGUCUGGGAUCAGGAGUUGUGUUGAAGAAGAAAAGUUCGUCUGGGUGUUUGGUUAUUAAAAAGAAAAGUGAAAAUAACAAUUUAGGUGGAUUGGGGUGUUCGAACAAUAUUAAGGAAAAAAAGAGGCCUAGAUUAGUUGUUAGUGAUUCGGGUUCGAGUUAUGAGAACCAGUCAUUGGAGUUUAUGAGAAGAAAAGUGAAUGAAAAGAAGUUUCGGAAUGGUUCUUUGGAGGGUGGGAAGAGUGGGCUUGAAGACGGGGAGUAUUACAGGAACAAUGGCGAGAUGGAGAGUAGUGGUGUGAGGAAAAGAAAUAGGUUGGAUUUGUUUGAGUUUGAUGAGUAUGAUGAGUACCAAGAGUUUGAUGGGAAGAAGAUGAGGAAUGAAUAUGUUCAGGACAGGUUUAAGAUGGUUGGUCGUAGUGGUGGUGGGAAUUUGAAGGAAGCUGGAGGUGGGUCGUCAAGCCGGAGUGUGAUGGUGGAUAAAGGGAGACAUGGUUCAUAUUUUGGCAGUUCUAUUUGCGGGAAGAGCAGAGGGAUAGAAUAUAAUGGUGGGAGAAAUAAAGGGUUUGAGUUAGAGGAGGAUAAAGGACAUACGCCAAUUUCAUUGUUAAGGUUAAAGUAUCAGGGGGUGGUGGAUGAGCCAAUUAGGUUGCAGGGGAAAAAUGGGGUGUUGAAGGUUAUGGUGAAAAAGAAAAAGAUGGAUUUUCCAUCUCACCAUAAGAAUUAUGAACCUCAGGAAGUUAAAGUAAGAAAGGAUUCUAGGUCUGAAAAUGUUGUCGAGAAGGAUUUAUUGGGAUCCUCAUUUCCUUCGGCUUCAAAACAACAUAAAAAAGGUUUAUUUGUUGACAAAGAGAAAAGGGUUGUGAAGGAGAAAAUGGACUUGCAACUGGAAAAGUCAAAACCAUUAAAGAGCAAAGGCAAAAAAGAUAGAGAUUCAAGGGUUGAUGAUAUUAAUACAUCGCUCGAACUGGUACGACCAGAGCUGCAUGCUGGCAGCUCAAAGAAGGUGGCAAAAAUGAAGGAAGAAAGAUCUCCCCCUCCCAAAAAAUCGACGCCGUCUAAUGAGAAAGUGAAGCGUGGUGGGAGCACAGAAAAGCGAAUGCUGCGUGAGCAGAUUAGGGAUAUGCUAGUUGAUGCUGGCUGGACCAUUGAUUAUAGACCACGGCGGAACAGAGAGUACUUAGAUGCUGUGUACAUUAACCCAAGUGGAACAGCCUACUGGUCAAUAAUUAAAGCUUAUGAUGCACUCAAGAAACAGUUGGAGGAAGACAAUGGGAAAACUAAAUCUGAUGUUGGCUCUUCCUUGUUUGCUCCUUUGUCUGAAGAUCUAAUAAACAAGCUUACAAGGCAAACUAAAAGGAAGAUUGAGAAAGAAAUGAAAAGGAAGAGAAAAGAAGAUCGCUCAAAUAAGAGUGCUAAGAGAUCUGCUGGAAAAAAGGCUGCAGAGAGCUCAGACACUGAUCAGAAUGAAGGGAAUCUUGGCUCGUACAGGAAACAGAAUUGUAAGUCAUUAAAAGGUAAAUUGAGUGAAGUGGGUGAAGAGAGGGGGGGUAAUUCAAGUGAUGAUUUACCCAAAAAGAAGACCAAGAAAGACAGAGUUGAAAAAACUUCUAACAAAACAAGUUCUAAAGCGGUACAAGGUAGAACAAGUAAGAUAAUUGGGAGAUGCACUCUGCUUGUUCGCAGCUCUAACAAAGGGCAAAACUCAGAAUCUGAUGGUUAUGUUACAUAUACUGGAAAAAGAACUGUAUUGGCUUGGUUGAUUGACUCUGGUACUGCACAGUUAAGUGAAAAGGUACAGUAUAUGAACCGUAGACGGACACGUGUAAUGUUAGAAGGCUGGAUCACGAGGGAUGGGAUCCACUGUGGUUGCUGUAGUAAAAUCCUUACAGUUUCAAAGUUUGAGCUCCAUGCUGGCAGCAAGUUGCGUCAGCCAUUUCAGAACAUACUUUUGGAGUCUGGGGCCUCUCUUUUGCAAUGCCAAAUAGAUGCCUGGAAUAGGCAAGAGGAGUCUGUGCGUGAAGAUUUCCACACUGUAGAUGUUUGUGGAGAUGAUCCAGAUGAUGAUACGUGUGGUAUCUGUGGUGAUGGAGGGGAUUUGAUCUGUUGUGAUAGUUGUCCAUCAACUUUACACCAGAGCUGUUUGGGAAUACAGGCGCUCCCUCCAGGUGAUUGGCACUGCCCCAAGUGUACAUGCAAAUUUUGUGGGGAUGUUAGUGGAAAUGUUGCUGAAGAAAAUGACAGGACUGUCGACCUUAUCAGAUGCAUCCUCUGUGGAAAAAAAUAUCACAAAUCAUGCAGUGAGCUGGUGCAUGGUGUGCCUGUGAGUUUGCAUGGUGAAUCUUAUUCUUUUUGUGGACAGAAGUGCCAAGAGCUCUAUGAUCAUUUGCAGAAGAUUCUUGGAGUCAAACUUGAACUGGAAGCAGGAUUUUCAUGGUCUCUUAUUCAGCGAACAGAUGUUUCUGAUACCUUGCACCAUGGAUUUCCUCAAAGGGUGGAAUGCAAUUCUAAGCUAGCUGUCGCGUUAUCGAUUAUGGAUGAGUGUUUUUUGCCCAUCAUUGACAGGAGGAGUGGCAUCAAUAUAAUUCGUAACGUUGUCUAUAGUUGUGGAUCGAACUUUAAUCGUCUGGAUUAUCAUGGCUUCUAUACGGCAAUUUUGGAGCGAGGUGAUGAAAUAGUUUCUGCUGCAUCUGUCAGGAUCCACGGGAACCGUCUUGCUGAGAUGCCAUUUAUUGGGACCCGCGAGAUCUAUAGGCGCCAAGGAAUGUGCCGGCGACUUUUGUCUGCUAUUGAGUUGACUCUAUGCUCUCUCAAAGUCGAGAAAUUGAUUAUCCCUGCCAUAUCAGAGCAUAUGAACACAUGGACUCUAGUGUUUGGUUUCCAUCAACUUGAGGAUGCACACAAGAAAGAAAUGAAAUCCCUGAAUAUGUUGGUCUUUCCUGGGGCAGACAUGUUGCAGAAGCAGUUAAUGAAGUCAGAAAUUACGGAUGGUAUUGAGGUUGUUAAAUCCAAAGAGAAUCAACCUCAGUUGCAUGUUUUGGUAGACAAACCUGAUAUUGAUUCUACUAUGGAGCACAAUAGACAGGUGAUUGACGAUGCUGGUGUGUGUGAUGAGAUAAAGAUCCACGAUAAAGUUGAUGCCGUGGAUUCUGAUUCCCCAGAAUCGAAUAUUCCUUCAAAUGGUAAGACCUCGCCUAGUGCAUCAGAUGCUACUAAUAAAUCUGACACCAGCAAGGUAACGUCUGCAAUCAAGUCUGAAACAGAGGAGAAGCUAAAAGAAUCCUCUGCUAACUUGAAGUGUCCCUCUACCUCCUCUGCGAGUACUGAUAUUUCUGAGAUGGAAAAUCCCUUGCUAGAACUUCCUCUUAGGGAUAAUUCUGAAUCUGUGGCGGCUGUCGUGGAUCAUGUGUACAAGAUAAGUUCUAAUGCUCCUUGUCUGGAAUCCAUUAUUGAUCCUUCAGGUGAAACUUUGAAAAUGGCCGAGGCUGCUGCUGAAAACGAGAAUCCUGUCUCUGUUUUUGGUAUUUGUUGUACUGAUGAGUGCACCAUGCAAUCUGAGCCGGGAUCAGAUGAUCACGAUGUGGUUGAGAACCAAAACAAGGUAGAAGCUGUUUCAGAGGUUUCUUUGGAAGUAGAAGUUGUAAAAAUUCAAGUUGAUAGAAGCUCCACAGUCGAAGUUUCUAAUGAUACCACCGCCUCUGAUGUAAAUGUAAAAGAUGGUUGUAUUGACUCUACUCCUGGUUCUCUGUUUGAAACAUCUGCACACAGUACUACACAGAAAGUCCAUGGAGAACCGAGUUCUGCUAAUGGGUUUAGUGCACUUGACAACAAAAGUGAACUUCAUUCAUUUAUAGAACUUUCCUCGGAUUCUGCUGAUGCAAAAGUCACUCUCGUUAAUGGUAAUAUAUAUUCCUUACCUUUUAGGGAUACUAAUAACAAAUAUGACUUGGCAGCCUCUUGUAACGAGGAGAACGUUGAAGUUAGUGGUGUGGAACCAGCUUUCGGUUCUUCUCUUGCCAUUUCUGCACAGGCUGCUACUGAAAAUAGCAAUGAGGAUCAAGAUCCUGUAUCUGUUUCUACUAUUCAGGGUACUCGUGAAAGUACCACAAGAUUGAAACCAGACUUGAAUCAGAAGGCUGUCCUUGUGUUGGGACGUGACCUUGUGGCGUUGGAAGAAGUUCAGAGGAAAGUUGUAGACCCAAAUGAAACUGAUAAUUCUACUCAAACAAGCAGGACGACUGAUGGACAAGUUGCUUGUGCGAAUUCUUCUUGUGAAGCCUUGGCUCUAAAUACAGCAUCCAAUGAGAAUUGUGCAUAA